GAGCAGGGACCCCCCGGCCGCUCACCCGCUUGUCCAGACGCCGCUGCACCAAGCUGUCCCCGCGGAGUCCCCAAACAUCCGGCGCGGGCUGAUGGCGUCACCACUGAUCACCGCACUCUGAAGGGCCCAGCCGCUCUCAGCUCAGGAUGGCUUCUUCUGAAUUUCAAGCGUUGUCCCAAGACGAACUCCGAAAAAGACUUUAUCAGACAUUUAAGAACCGAGGUGUUUUGGACACACUUAAGACUCAGCUCCGAAACCAGCUAAUCCAUGAACUGAUGCAUCCAAUUUUAAGUGGAGAACUUCAGCCACAACCAGUGUCCAGUGAAGGCAGUUCAUUGUUAAUUGGAGCUUCCAACAGCCUGGUGGCAGAUCACCUGCGCAGUUGUGGCUAUGAAUAUUCACUUUCUGUUUUCUAUCCAGAAAGUGGAUUAGAAAAGGAGAAGGUGUUUACUAUGCAAGAUAUUCUGCAGCUAAUUAGGAUCCAUCCAAAAUCCAGUCUUUACAAGUCAUUGACUUCAGGAGCUCAAAAAGAGAACAAAAAAGGUUUUCUUAUACAGAUGUUAAUGGAGCUGACAGAGCAUCACCUAUGUAAGGAAAGUCGCAACACAGAAACUCAGACAAUCUCAAUACCUCCUUACAGAGAAUCUCUUGUUGAAAAACUUCAGCUGAUUGAUGAACAGUUUGCAGACAUUUAUCCCCAACAUCAGAAAUUUGAGUCUUUAGAAGUGAAACUCAUUGAAUAUCGAAAAGAAAUAGAGGACCAGCUUCAAGCAGAAAUGUCUGAAAAGUUACAACAUUUCAAAGAGGUUGAAAUAGCAAAGAUCAGAAUAGAAGAGAAAGCACAAUGCCAGAAAGAAGUUUCUGAUUUGCGUCGAGAGUUUGAAAGGACAAACCAAGCCAAGUCUGAGGCUCUGAUUGCUCGUGAAAAGAAUGCUAUUGAAAGACUUCAAAAACAACAGGAGAUUGAAGCAAAGGAGGUUUAUACACAAAGACAAAGUCUGCUGAAAGAUAUUGAAAUGAUAAGAACCAGAGAGGCAGAACUGAAGCAAAGAAUUGAAGGUUUUGAACUUGCUCAGAAACUUCAAGAAGAAAAAAAUAAAGCUGUUGAUGAUGCACUGCGACGUCGGGAGAUAGCUGUGAAGAACAUUGAGGAGACUUACGACCAAAAGCUUAAGAAUGAACUACUGAAAUAUCAACUCGAGUUGAAGGAAGAAUAUAUAGCCAGAACCACUAGGGUUACUGAAGAUGAGAAAAAGAAUAAAGAGAAGUCUAUACUGUUGCGUGAAGAGACCAUUGCUGUUAAUUCAAAGAAGGAAGAAUUCAAACAAGUUGUAUCACAUGCAAAAGAACUUGAGCUGGAGCUGGAUUCAGUAAAGGCGCAGGUGUUAUUGGUAAACAAACAGAAUCAGUUGUUGACAGAAAAAUUGAAAGAGAUUGCGGACUAUCCCUUGUUAAAGGAAGAGAAACUGGAGCUUCAAGUGCAAAAUAAACUACUUAGACAACAACUGGAGGAGACUCGCAAUGAAAACCUGCAUUUCCGAGACAAGUUAACUCAACCAUCAGCUGAACAUGUAGCCUGCCAGGCAGAAUUGAGGCGAGUUGAACAUGCUAAAAAGCUGGAACAGGAUGAGUUUGAAACCCAUAAACAACUUCUGGAAAAGCAACUGCAAAGUGAGGUUGAACGUUGUGCACAAUUAAAGAUCCAGCUGUUAGACUAUGAAACUACUAUCAGAAAGCUAAACGUACAGGUUGAAGAUUUGAAAUUGCAGCUGAAGCAAACACAGACAGUUCUAGAGAAUGAAGUGUAUCGGAAUCCCAAGCCUUCUCUUGUUGAUCGUUCUGUCAUUGACUUCACUGGUGAUAGGAUUGUACCUCAUGACAUUUAUGUAGAUGGUGCUUUCUUGAAGAACCGGGCUGUUACUGAUAUUGUUGUGGCAGAUGAUGUUCCAAACGUUGGUUAUCGCCAGCAUUCACGGACCUGCAACUCUUCUCCAGAUUCUGACCUUGAAUUUGUCGCCAAAACCAAAGCUAGGAUAAAAGAACUAGAAAAAGAGGCAGAGUAUUUGGAAGAGGCCUACAGAAAUUACCAGCAUAGAGCCAUUCAAGGUGCAGUUGCAAGCAGGACACCAACAAAGACUAAGUCCCCUCUACCUUUGCGAAAUGCUGUUACAUUCCCUUUGGCUUCUCAACACAGAGUUAUGUUUGUAGAAGACAACCUUGGCUCUCAGCAUUUCUCUCUUAGCAGUCCAAGAGGCCCAAGAUAUGUUACACCUGGGCAUGAUGAUGUCUUGAAAAAUCAUCUAACUACUCCCCGAAGAAGAGUCUCUUCCUCCAGACGUCUUUCUUCUACUCCUCUUUCCAAAGUGGAGAGAAACAUCAAUAGCCAUAUACUUCCAGAAGAUAGCAGUGAGUCGUACCUAGUCUCUUCCCAACAGAGUGUCGACCAGCCUCUUUCUCCUAUUUUGAGGAUAGGCCAUCUUUCAUCUUCUGAGUCUGCUCCUUCCUCUCCAACCAGUCAGGGACAAAAGUUGAGUCUUCAUGAACAGCAAGCUGAUAAUCAGGACUUCAAUGACUCUUCAAAGCCAGAGAAGCUAGCAUAUGAGGACCUUGAAGAACAUGAUUCUUCUCUUAAAUAUCAAGGGGACAUUCCAGAGCAGCUCGAAAGUGAUGUGUCACAUCCAUCUGGGGACAGCGUCAAUGGGAGCAAUGUCACAAACGCUGUGCCAGCAACAGCCACUUCACAGCAGGAUUUAACAGUGGUUGAUCAAAGCCAGUCUGAAGAACAGAAAAGAGAAGAGAAUGAGAAAAAAUGGGAAGAAGAAAGGAGAGAAAGAGAAGAAAGAAGGCAAAGAGAAAAGCAGGAAGCACUGGAAAGGGAGGAAAGAGAACUAGAAAAACUGAAUGAAGAAAGGAAGUUGACCCAAGAUUCGUUGAAAAAUGAAGAAGAAACAAAAAAGACAGACCAUGAAGUGGAAGACUCAGAAAUCAGUAAUCCUGACGCUAAAGACAAUUUGUGUGACCCUCGUCCUAAUCCACUAGAAAAAUACAUGAAACUGAUACAGCAGAGCAGAGAGCAGGAGCUGACAAACAAGAGCUCCAAAAAAGAGGAAGCGGAAGAAGAAGUAUCACUGAUAGAGAAACUUCUGUCUAGUGAAAAAGAUGACAGUGCUGCAGGCGUCUCUCAUGGAGAGCCAGAUGAAGACUUCUGGUGAAUAGCAGCUACUAUCUCCUAAUGACCAGCACACUGGAGGAUGGUGUGAAGUUAUGUAAACAGUCACUACACCACAAGAACUGAAUAUUUUCAUGCACAAUGGUUUCAGCUGGGGAUCAGAAUUAAAGUUUAACAUGUUCAGAUUAAAAAAAUUAGAAGCCUUUUACAAAGACAUUAUCCCAAAUGAGUAAUUUUAGAUGAAUCUACUAUGACUGGUAGUACUAAUAGCUGCUAAAAUCAUAAGCACAUGGCCUAACCUUUGUGUUUUAAGCUUUCCCAUAUCUUUACAAAAUAUUCUAGGAGUCACUGCAGCCUGUUGAUCAGAAAGUGUUUGUUUUCAUAUUCAUGAAAAAGCUCUGGGCUGUGACUGAAAAGCAAAGGUGCCUAUUCUAUUAGGAUGUAAAGCAGUUCAGCAUUUUUUCAGGUAAAUUAGGUGACUUUUAAAAAAAUACAAUCUUGCCUUAAGAGAAGAGUUUUAAAGAUUAAAUGAUAAAAAUGAAAAUUCAAAGUAAGUAGAUUUGAAAGUGAGUGUCUUUUCCAGCAUGCUUAUAUUGCUGGUUUCACAAAUGGCAUGUCAAGAAGACCAUCUCUGACACAAGGGCUCAGAUAUGCCGAUUAUGAUUAAAAUCUUUAAUGUGUUCUGAUAGAUACCUGAUAAUUAUUUCUUUGAAACCACCUUUAGAUUAGUGUAGUUUUUCACUGGAGAUAACUUGUUUAAGUACUUUCCUAAAGCAGCAGCAAGACGGGGGAAGAAUAAUACAUUUUUUUAAAAGGUGAGCUUCAUGCUGUUUCACUGCUGGUAUCUUCAAUAUUCCAUAAGAGGGUACAAGCAUAACUGUCUUAAUCUUCUACAUUUUUUUAGGUGCAUUUUUGCAUUUUAUAGACUGUUCUGGUAUUUUAUAAUAAAAUAUGGCACCUGUGCUCUGACACGUUCUCAUUAUUGAGGUACAGAAUUUCUAAUUAGUAAGAAAUGUAAUAUGGAAGUACUCUUUGGUUUGUGGGUAAAUAUUUUAAAGCAGCAAUAUGUACUACUUCAGAGGUUCUCAAACUGGGGAGCAGGGAAUGUAUUCUGGGGGAGGACCCCUUUUGUUGCACAUUUUACCACCAGCAAUAAAUAACUAGCAAAGCUGACUUCUCCAGAUCAAUCAGGUCUUCAGUUAGUGCUGUGCAUUUUGUGCAUUUCUGUUCAGAUGGCAACAACUUUGUAUAAGCUUUACAUAAAUGCACACACCACAUCAUAGCAAAUGGAUUAAAUUGUAAGCAUGGACCACAAUCACAGUUUUGCUUUUGCUCUUAUUACAAUGGCUUGUUGGCUCACUCCUACAACAGAAACAUAAUACUUCAAGUGAAAACAAAGAAGCUGAAACUGAUUGAAGUGAAGCACUGCUGCUGCAUCGAUCCAUAUAUGUACUUGUGUGGCGGGAGAUGUAAACUACUACAGCCACAAAGGAAGGGGGCAUAAUCAAAUAAGUUUGAGAACCACUGUACUAUACAGUAGGUAUAGUGAAGGUGCAACUAGUAGUGCACUUGAUUUGGGUCAUGGUUACUGAUAACGUGUAACAAGUCGAAAACCCUAGCUUGACUCUCAGGUGGUUGCAGGGUUAGCAAUCUCUUUCUGUAAAACUGAGUGCAUGAGAUGUGUAAUAAUUAACAUUGACUGAUUCUUCAUUCAGCCACAGUCACUAUUGGGAAGUCAAGUUGGCCAUACUUAAUAGUUUGUAUCCCUGGAAAAAUGUCAUUUCUCUGCUUUAACUAACUUUUGUUUAGUAAAUUAAUACUUAGCUUAAGAGGAUAUUUACAGGUAACUUCACAGCAGAGCCGAGUGAUUUGGGAUAGCAGCUGAGUAUUGAGAGGUAAAGACAUUUCCAAUUUUGUAUAACGCUCAAGAACCAAAUAUGAAGAAAAAUAAUUACAUCAUGCACAUGGUCUUCUGUCCUAUAUGUUUACUGCUCAGGGUAUUAGUUUGAUUUUAAGAACUUAUGAAAAGCACUUUGGUGCAUGAUGCGACUUGAAUUUGUUCUUUAAAAUGCUUUAGCAGUUGUGGGCUAUUAUCACACUGGAAACAUCUACAGCCUGUGGCAUGCCCCUGAGAAGCAAAGUCCUGGUAGCAUUUCUCCCCAAUCAGGUGAUAUAUUCAAUAAAUAUUGAAUUAUUUUACUCAGGAUGAACUUAUCAGAGAUAAAUUCAAAAGUUGUAAGAUGUAGAAUUCAUCCAAAUAAAGUAACUUUCUCAUUGUUUGUACAGCUAUAACUGUCUAAAAAGAGUCUUAAAAUAAGUAUAGACAAAUGGUGUGUCUAUUAUCUACAAAUAUUUAUUGUAACACUUGGAUAUAGCUACAGGAAGCCCUUGGCACUGAUAGAAAAUAUUGAUUCACUGUUAGGUUACAAAAAUUUAUACAUAGCAAAAUUUAAUGCUCUUUACAUAAAAAUAUUAGACUACUUAAACAAAACUUCAGAAAACUCCCAGUAAUAGCUACAUCGAACUAGAAAAGAAUUAGGCUUUAAGACACUGCCUCCAUUACCCUUAUGCAAACACUGGGCUAAAACAUCACCUGCAUUGCUGUAGAAAUGUUUCUCUUUCAUGCAACAGGUAAAACAAGCACUAGGCUACACUGUCAUCUGCUCUACAGACACUUUGCCCCUUUUUAAAAAACUGUCAAAUUAGACUUUUAGGCAUUUAACCAAAAAAUUCAACUGUAAGAUAAUACUUGAAAAAUGUCUGUCCACAUCUUAAUAUUGACUUAGCUAAAGAAAUUUGUGCUUCCUUUUUAUUUUAAUAUUCAGCCAACAGUCAAAACUAAUCAAACCACACAUUAACUUAACAUGGGAAUAUAACUUGACUUUACCAUUUAAUUUUUUUUCAAAUGACUGAUACUUGAUUACCCCCCCCAUACUUAUAUAUAUUUUGUAAAGAACAAACACCAACUAUACCCAUCACUAAUACUCAAGAUAUCACUGAAUGUUUCUGAAAAAACAAAAUGAAGGCAGACUGCUGUGGGAAAUGACUUUAACACGGCACCAGAUUUUUUGCUGAACACCACACUUGCUUUUUGUGAUUUUAUAAAGAGAAAAUGAAUAAGCGCUGGCUAUAAACUUAAGCACCGAAGUAGAGAAAGAUGGCUGACCAGUGGUCUGCUUUAUGGCUGUAUUUUUUUUAUAGCUUAUGUCAAACUCUGCAGAUUCACUAGUCUGCUCAUUUGGAAUAGUCAAAUCAGUUUCAUUUUAAUAAGGUAACACUUUUUGCUUAAUAAUACAGAUAAUGGUCUCCUGCUACUAUAUAAAUGCUAAGACAUUUAUAGAAAAUAAAUAUUAAGGCAAAGCUGACAUUUAUUUUCAAAGAAGGGGAUCAUUAUCUUGACAGGCAUCUACAUUCCAUCAACAUAUCCAUCAAUUAAUAAAAAUAAUUAAAACUUGGAGCAGCUGAGCGAUUACUCAGCACCCAGCUUACGCAGAUAGUAAGUGCAGUAGAGUGACAGUGGCUCACUAUAGCAUUAUUGAAAAAGAUGUGGCUCUGAAAAUGGACUUCUGGUCUUCAGCCCA